AUUCGUUGUAUACUAUUAGGUAGUGUAAGCAUAACGUGUGACUCAGGGCCUAUAUAUAUGAGUGGCAAUGCUUUAACGGUUUAUUCACAUAAUAUGUUCUAGAUGUAACACUUGCCUCAGAAAAAAAAGAAACAAAGAAUUCUCUGCACACCAUUACGCAAAACAAUAAAAAUGUUGACCAGUGAAACCUGCGACAGUUUUUUCGCCGAUUUUCCCGACUUCGGCCAAGAAGACAUUAUAACUCAAGUUUUUGGACACGAUCAGUCUGUUCCUGAUUUAGAAAACAUCGUUCCCACUUUGGACGUGAACUGUGUUCCAAAUUUCUAUCAGGACUGGGAUACAAAAGAAAAACAACCUCAACUUUCUCCACCACAACAGCAGCAACAACUCCAGACUCAGUUUUUACCUCCUUCGUAUGAAGAGCACAUUCAGACGAUCGAGAACAAUAACAGUUUGGAAAGCCUGCUCGCUGAACCCAUUAAACCCGCCGCUGCUGCUGCUGUACCAUGCAGACGACUGAGUGAAAUUCUUGAGUGUAUUAACGAAGACAAGGAUUAUCGUAUCAUUACCGAAGAUCGCCUAUCUCCCAUAACCCCACCACCUUCUGUACCAGUAAAGGAAACCAACUACAAACAAGAAAAAUCGCAGGAAUCGAAACAGUUUGAAGAAACCCUGAAAAGGAUUGCAUCACUUCUUUCCUGCGGUGGUCAAAUCAAAUUGUGGCAAUUCCUUCUGGAACUUCUCUCAGAGGAAGAAAAUAAAGAUUGCAUUCGCUGGGAAGGAACCAGUGGAGAAUUCCGAAUGGUGGACCCUGAUGCAGUUGCUCGGAAAUGGGGCCAGAGGAAAAACAAGCCCUCCAUGAAUUAUGACAACAUGAGUCGUGCUCUUCGAUUCUAUUAUGACAAAUUUAUCCUCAACAAAGUGUCUGGAAAGAGGCAUACGUAUAAGUUUAACUUCAACGCCAUCAUCAACUCUAUGCAAUCUUCUACAUCGUCCAGCCACUUCAAUUCCUCUCUAAUGGGACUUAUCAAUAACCUCACGCCAAAUGUGACAUGUCCCUACCAGUAUCCCGGUUCUUUCCCUUCCCGCCAUCCCUCCAGAUACAGACAGACCCGCCAGUUCACCACUCCCCCACCGCCAAACUACACAGUGCCCUGCACCAAGGAAGAGUUCCCAUCCAGUUGUCGCUUUGCUUCAAACAAACAGUAUCCAUCUUCUAGUCAGAUAAACGAGAAUAUGUAUUCCAGCUGCCAGUUUGACCAGAGACUUUAUAAUGAUAAUACUUACUCUCAAGAUCACCCAAAACAGCAGGUGCCCUUUCAGACCUCAUGUAGUGUCCAAAGCAAUGGAUACUCAAGGUCAUUUGAAGACAAUUGUAUGAAAUCGAGACGAGAUUACUAUAGAUAUUCCCCUUACCAACGAUCGCCCCAAAAUUCCACGUGUGUGCCUAUGGUAGGGUACUAGAGUACUUAUUAUUAGACCUAUUAGUCCUAUUAGACUUCUGUAAAUAUUUGUUCAUAGACUUUAGCAUUAGAGACUUACGUGUUUGCUCAAACUACCGAUGUGAUUUCAUAAAUAAAAAUUAAUCCACAUUUAAUCUUUCUAUCCCUGUAUUUUUACUCAAGAAUACAUAUGUACAUUGUCUUUGAUGCAUUUCGUUUUUUGUAUUUAUUUAUGAUUGUUCAAGUCUCGGUGCUGGCGCUGGGAUACAUGAUCGAGUCUUACUAUGGUGCUGUGCAUUAAUUUAUUUUUCCACAAUGAAAUCCUAUAGGAGCAAUUCCAUUCUGCUUUCUGUGUUGCGUUUUCUUUGUCUUGUCCCGAAAGACGAGAAAGCUUACCCAUUUUAUGUAAAUGCCCUUUGAUUUGAAACACUGCUUUGGAGUUGUAUUUUUCAUUUUUGAAUAUUACCAUGUUUGUUGUUUAUUACAAUGUUUUGUAAAUGAUGACUAAAAUAAAUGAAAGCUUAACCAUUGAA